AAUAUCAUGACUUGUCCCAAAGAUGGAAGAGUUCCACAACCAAGCUGAAUUUCUAAAGGUUAUAUGGAAACACUUGUACUCGUCCUCCUCGAACAAGUCUGUUGGUACUCUGCAUGCUGCAAGGAGCACAAUAAAUGCGGUGAAUGUUACUCAGGAUCCUCAUGACAACUUUUACCCAUGCUCUGAAUUCAUGGACAUGGUCAACACCGCCUACAUCGUAACUGGGGGAUUACAUCACUUCCAAAUGGAACACCUCACUUCUGUCCCAACGCCAAGUUACAAGGGUGCUGUUGGCAAUCCAUAUGAAACGAUUGACUAUUUUCUAGGUCAUGCAAAACAGUUUGUAGACAAGCACGUCUAACCGGAGGUUCCUCAACUGCCAGCUCAUGGUCUCAAAUCAAACACACUAGCCUGCAGGUACUGUGGAAAACUGUACCAGAGACCAAAAGCUCUCCGCAAACACGAGGCACGUUUGCAUGGACAUUCUGAUCCGGAAUAUAAUGCUGAAAACAAUCAGGAUUCCACAUCUUCAGCAGAAUCAAGAUCAUCUGUGUAUCAGUACACCCGUCUGUCUCUCAUGCUUGGGCUUCUUCGAAUGAAUCACAACGAUUCCAUUCACAUGGGAGAUGGUGGCAGAAUGAUGAGACUAGUAAAGUGGUU